AUGGAGGCAGUUUUGAAACUUUCAAACAUUCAUGCACAAGAAUUAUUGACGCAUCGAGUGAUUCGAUUCAACAAGAAUUGGGAUAUGAUUCCACACAAGGUGGAUAAUAACGACUUGGAUGUUGCCAAUGAUGCUUCGAAUGGCUGUCAGCAAUCAUCCACAUCCACUUCUCCUUCUCAACAGCAAUCCAUUGAUACAGACAAGCCUCAAUAUGUCAUCUUCUUGUUACAUCCUAAUAAUGACGAAGUUCCAAAGCUCUCCACAUCUGACGACUCGUCGAAUAUUGACGAAAAUUGGUUCCAACAAGAAAUUCAACAAAUUGAUCAAUCGAAAGAGGUUUUCGAUGAAUAUUUUCACUAUCUUAAAAAGCAUGAAUUGAUUACCUCAUUGAAAGCUCAUGAUCAUUACUAUGAACGAUGGUCUCAAUUUUCAAUCAAUGGUAAUUCUUCGAACAAUCAGUUGUCAAACGACUCGCACUAUUGCAUGUAUAUGAAAGUGUUGAAUGAUGGAUCCAUACCUUCAACCGAUCAAGCCAACGCUUCGAAUCAAUAUGAAGUAGGAGGUACUUUGGCAUUUAGCGUCAAGAAUGUCAUUGUCGAUGGUCAACGAGUGAAAAUGGGUUUAAGUGGUUCUGGUUGGUUACGUCCAAAAUUUAGACCCAUUCAAGAAGCCAAGUUAGUUCCAUGGUUUCUACAAUUGUUAAUGUUUAAGGAGUUGGGAGUGAGAUACUUCUAUGCUCAUGUGUUUGAGGAUAAUGCCAAAAGUUUAGGUUUCAUUGAAAAGAGUGGAAUGAUCCCAUCUCGAUUCAGAAUGAAUUUCAUUGGUGCCACGCUUCCUCUCAACCCACAAUCGUCAUUUGACAAUUCCAAUUCUUCAUUGCAAAAACUCAAUGAAGAUCAGUUUGAUUCUCUUAUGAGAAACUUGUACACUACAGGCAACUUUUUGUUGGAUAACUUGCACGACUUGUAUCACCAUCCAAAUUUCAAAGGAUGUUUCGUCGAUGCCAACCAACAAUUCACAUUCCAAAUUUGGAAGUGUAAAUAUGCCACUCAUACCAAAUCGAGUGAAAAUCUUCCUGCCUAUAUGGUGAUUAACAUGACACAGCUCAAUUCAGCAGAAGAUCUCACCCAUGAGCAAUUUGACAGAAUGGAACAGUAUUUACAAAAUGAUCUUCUUCCUCAGAUUGUUCAAACAGAAAGUCAUGAACUGCCACCUGUCAAUGUGGACACCUCUCGUUGCAGCGUCUUAUAUGUGACCAACAGUGCUCCAUUAAGAACCUUCAUUUGUGAAAGACACUCUCAAAAUCCACAACUUUCCUAUGCCACUCUUGCAUACACAUUCCAAGAUAAUGACAUGUUCAUGUUCUAUGUCCAAUCCAAAGAACGUCAAAAGAACACACCUCUUCCAAAUUCAGAACCAAUUUGGAAUUUCAUGAUGGGUGAGAGUAAGAAUUCUAGCCCAAGCAACAAUUCUCAACAUUUGAAUUUGUUUUUAGAUCCUCGUGAUUGUACGAAUAAGCCAUUGGUUUGGAGUGAAGAAAUUAGAAAAUCCGUUUCAAGAGAACAAUUGAACAAGUUGAAGAAUGGACAACAGAAGAAGACCAUGACAGCAUCUACCAACAAUCCAUCUUCUGUAUCGAAUGGUAGUGAAACAUCAACUGGAAGUUCCUCAGAAGCAAAGAACGUCGUGACCGCAUCUCCUCCACGCCAAAUGUCAGAAACAUCCAAAGUGGUAGACACCGCAUCGUGCACUGUACCCAUGGUCACAUCAGACAAACCUGAUCAACCUUCGACUUCGCUGUGGUCCAAACUCUCUCCAAGAAGUCAAUCCAAUGCCUUGUUACGAGCAGUUUCUUUGAAUAGUUCCUCAACAACCACAACUGGUUCUCACCUUCUUCGAUGGACUUUGAUUUUGGCACCUGCUGUUUUGCUUGCUGCGUUUGGAGUUCGUAAAUGGUGGAAUUCUUCACAAAAUGCUCAAACACAUUCACAAUAG